AUGUCGUUUGGAGGCACGCCGCGGUGCGAGCGGUGCGGAGGGGCUGUGUACCAUGCCGAGCAGGUCAUUGGGCCUGGGCGAAAGAUAUACCACAAGCUCUGCCUCAAGUGCAACUCGUGCGGCAAGCGCCUCGACCCCGGCGGCCUGGUGCAGCACGACGAGCAGGCAAACCUGUACCGCGACACGCCGGCCGCGCCGCCCCCUCCCCCCGCGCCGGUGGCAGAACCAGCCUUCUCGUCGCCAUCACGGCGGGACGCGAACGGCGCGCCCGCGCCGCGCGCAGUGCCCCCACCGCAGGAAUACUACGUGCCGCCUGAUCUGAGCGGAAGCGGCGGCGGCGGCGCAGCGUCGUCGUCGUCGUCGUCGUCGGCACCAGUGGCGCCCGCGCCCCCCGCGCUGCCAGCGCGCCCGAGCACGCCAGAGCAGAUCACGCGCGUCAACUUCCGCUCCGUCCGCCCCAUCCCGUCUGGCGUCAGCGCCUCGGGGCGCACCGACUCGCCACGGAGCAAGGUCGGCGAGCGGCCGGGGUUCGAGGACCGCUGUCCCGCGUGCGAGAAGCGCGUGUACGCUGCUGAGCAGGUACAGGCGAUCGGGAAGAAAUGGCACCGCGGAUGCCUGCGCUGCACGAGCUGCCGGUCGACCAUCGACCCGAGCAAGGUGUCGGACCGGGACGGCCAGCCGUGGUGCAAGAACUGCUAUGCGCGCGAGCAUGGUCCCGGGGGUAUCGCGGGGAAGCGAUAG